UCAUACCUUUUAGAAGUGAAAUUUGAAUCUUUUGUUGUUGUUUUUAAACGUAGCCUAGCUAUAGCAAUUUGUUAGCAUUUUAUGUUUUAAAACAAAGCAGCUUCAAAAUUCACAUUUACCGUUUAACUGUGUGUAUUUUGAUGUAGAAUUAACAAAACGUCUCUUCAAGUAGGCUAAUUUCAACACAGACCAUAUUCAUAAACAGCCAUUCUAAAAGCAUAUAGAAAAAAAUUUACCUUUUGAGUUGUGUUAACUAAGUUGACAUCAUGGCUGCACACACAGCUCUUUUGCACUAGUUAAGUGGAUAAACUGCAACCUUUAAAAAAAGUAGGUCAUAUGCAAGUGCAAUGUGUCUUGUUUACAUGGCUAUAAUAAUAGGUUGAUAUGUAAUAAGAAAGCACAAUUUAAAACACAUGACAUUUAAUCUAAUUUGAUCAACACUGUCCCUGACAACUCCAAGAUAAUCCAGAUCAUUUCUUCUUGUCUGACUUGCCAUAAACAUUCCCACACUUCUGGUCUUGGCAGGUAAUUUAAAAAAAUCAGUGCCAAACAACUGAAUAAAGCCUUUAAGAGGGACGGAGGGCCACAUGACCCAUACAACAUACCCCAAAAAGCUUUUUGUAGCUUAAAAGGUCAGAAAGCUGUUUUCAAAUGCCUCAGACUGCACAAAUUAAGUCACAUCUUAAAUGUAGACUAGACUUUACUCCUAAUGAAAAGCCUUGCUUUACUGUUAUCUGCUAUAGAAGUGGAAAUUGUUUUGAUCGUUGUUUUUGUUAUUCACAUUUCCGUCUGACCACAAGCCAUGGAAUCUAACAUGAUCUUGACUUAAUCUUCUUAUAAAACCUUUACCCUGGCUUGAACGCAGGGUGAUUAGACUUGAUAGCCGGCACUGAGCUUGAUGGUGGCCGUGCAGAUUUUUUAAAACAAAGAAAAGAGUUUAGUACUGUACGACAGAAAAUAAAAUGAAAGCAGAGCUGACAGUGCAUCACAGCGGAUGACAUGUAUCUCUCUAUCCCAGCCACGAAAACUGUGGGAGGAACUGAAGGAAAAUCGCCUCGCCAAAUACGGUGCAGUAACUGCGGUCACAGCUAUUAGUUUGGUUCUGCUGAGAAAAUGGAUUGCAGGUGGAGUGUGCCACUGUCGGGUGCGACUGGAUGGGAAGACGGUCGUCAUUACUGGCGCCAACACUGGCAUUGGAAAAGAGACGGCACAUGACUUGGCCAUGAGAGGGGCUCGGGUUGUGAUGGCUUGUCGAGAUCUUUCAAAAGCAGAAAAGGCUGCGGCAGAGAUUCGCAGAUCUACAGGAAAUGGCAACAUAGUAGUUCGGCACUUAAACCUGGCAUCUCUGUUCUCCGUACGGCAGUUUGCACAUGAAUACACUGCCACUGAGAAUCGACUGGAUAUACUUAUUAACAAUGCUGGAGUGAUGAUGUGCCCUAAAAGCCUUACAGAGGAUGGCUAUGAAACCCAGUUUGCUGUCAAUCAUUUGGGCCAUUUCCUCCUGACUGUUCUGCUCCUGGACAUGCUGAAGAAGUCUAGCCCUAGUCGAGUUAUCAAUGUAUCCAGUAUUGCUCACAAAGGAGGUAAGAUCAACUUUGAUGACCUUAACUUCAACAAGGCACCGUAUGAUUCCUUGGUCAGCUACAGGCAGAGCAAACUUGCCAACCUGCUGUUUACUCGCGAGUUAGCACGGAGGAUUAAAGGGUCUGGUGUAGCGGUGUACUCCCUUCACCCUGGAGUAAUCCGCACUGAACUGGGACGUUACGUGCAGACCCGCUACCCUCUGCUCAGUGCCCUGUUGUCUUUUCCUGCUCUCUUACUGAUGAAAACCCCCAAUCAAGGUGCUCAGACGUCCAUCUUCUGUGCGGUUGCUGAGGGGUUGGAAUCUCACAGUGGCUGCUAUUUCAGUGAUUGUAAGCUGAAAGAACCAGCUCCUGAAGGUAAAGAUGAUCUCGCUGCUCUGCGAUUAUGGAAAAUAAGUGCAAAGCUUGUGGGCUAUGAAGAGGACUAACAACACUCCACCAAACUCUGUUCAUAAUACCACAUGCCUAUAGAGGAAUGCUUUGUAUGCAGCUAUCAACAUUCAGAUCAUCAUUUUCAUCAAGUUUUUUUUUUUUUUUUUCUAAUGGAAAAUGUAUUUAAUUGAAUUCAUUAUUAGUGGUUUCUGUCUAAAUGGUAUUUUUGUCUGGAUCAGUAGUAAUCUCUAUGUUCCCUGUCUUGCACAUUACAGUAUAAAUGUAAGAUAACUAAUAUUGAUAUCUCAUCAUUUGUCAUUUUAAAGCUGUUUUGAAGCAUCUCAUUUGAUGAUUAAUAAAGGUUUCAUUAAAUCAUAUCUUUAUUGUAACCUAAAUGUUAUCAAAAUAAAAUUCUAAUAAUAUACAUUAAUUUUAGCACUGGUAAAAUACAGUGAGAGUUAAGUGCCUGUAGUAGUGAAUUUGAAUCUUUAAACUGAAUUCGUUUAUGAAUCCAACUGAAUCUGAAAUCUGCACUGAACCAGCAUUGUAAUGCUGGUAAUGAUUUUUUUUUUUUUUUUUUGGUAAUAAAAUUGUAAUUAAAUCAUAUUAAUGUAACAAUGAUGUUUGGAAAAACCCAUAAAUUAAUUUUCAGUGUUGGGGUAAUGCAUUACAAGUAACACAAGCGACGUAAACAGAUUGCUUUUUUUCAAGUAGCUAGAAAAAUAACAUAUUACUUUCAAAUUUACAAGAAAAUAUU